AUGGAUAUAACUCCCAAGGAAGUCAGGGUUAUAACGUCAGCCUGGAGGACCAGGAGCAAGAGCGUAAAGGUGCCUUCCUAUAAGCCAACUCCACUCUACACUUCAGCCUUCCAUGAAGCAAGAGGAGGCAUCCAUGCUGAGAAGGCUAAAGCAUCUUUAGAGACUGGAAGUGAUAGCCUGGCGGCCAUGAUGAGGAUGACUUCUCCAACUUCUUAUCGAGAUUCAUCAGAUGAAGAGGAGGAAGUAUGGAGAGGAACAAGAGCUACACCUUCUUCCUCUCAACCCUUUCAGAGGAAACAUAAGGCUCCUACUGCUCAUGCUUCAGGGAUUGAGCCCAAAUUCGCUCUAGCAGAAGAAAGACGUGAAAAGAGGACAAGGGUGGUUUCGCCUUCUAGAGAGGAAAGGGAGCCUAAAACGCCUGCUGUUCUGAUAGCUCAGGCAAGGGAAAGAGACGGCUCUAGAGCCUUCCAGCACUGGUAA